CUAUGAGAGCCAGUCAGGAAAAGCAAUCAGGUUGUAUAGUAAAGGAGAAUAAAACCCAGGAUUAAUGACAUUUAUUGUUGAACAUACUGUGUGGUCAUCAACAAGGCUACGCAUAUUAAUUAAAUUAGAGGUGCAGGAUAGUCAGGUGACAUUGGUGACAUCAUCAAUGUAAAACUGCAAUAUAAUAUAAAACAAAUAAACUAUAAUCUCCUUUUAUUUAGUGAAGCAGCAGUGAAUGUAACUGUCAUGUAUGCAGCAAAUGAUGCCUGGAAACCCAGAAAUAAAUGAAUAGUUAUGCUUGAUUAUCAAAAUGUGAUAGAGACUAAAUUAUUGCUUUCACUGCUACCUGCAGUUCUGUGGGAUUCUUCUUUUAUUAUUUGCCUAGUUUUCCAGAUUGCAAACCUACCUCUAAGUCUCCAAGGGGAUCCAGUUCAAAAUAAAAUGUAGCUAAACAUAAGCUAUUUGUGUCGGAUGAUAAUAAAAUAAAACACAGCUAUCAGAUAUCAAACCCUGGUGUCCCGCAUGACAGGCAGAGACACGAACCACUCUGCUAGGGAGCACAAACUGACUCCAUGCAAUGUUUGUGAUUAUCAUGGCCACCUCUGCUAUACAGUAACUGUGUUAGUGCAACGAUAGCAUUCCAGACAGCAUGAUGUUGCCUUUGAGGGAUUUUCACCUUUGUUACAAAAACAAAACGAGAACCGAGAACAUUAUUGAGAUAAGCUAUUGACUGUGGUGGAAAACGGUAACACUCGACAAUAUAUUCAUCCAGAAAAUAAGACCUCUAAUCGUGGUCUGAUCACCUUGUCCUGGUGGAGACUUCUGUGGAGUAGUUGUACUCCAACAUCUACAGGCUCCUCCAGAAAAGAUCUCGCCAUUUCUGACACAUUCCUAGUUCCAGAUCUCAGCUAGAAAGCAGACCAAACCCGGGGUUGGUUCAAUAAGCCCUGCUACCGAGCAGGGUUGGUUCUUGGAGUACCUUGCAGGGGUAACUUGACUCAGGGUAACGGCUACCUGGCUUUUUGAAACCAAAAACCCAGAGUAUGCGCAUACUUACCUCAGAACCUACUCCAGAUCCCUGGGUGUCUCCUCCCUUUGCAACCAGGAGUAAACCUGUGAGGAAAAUGUCUUAGUCACAGGUCAAAAGAUAUUACGUGAUGCACAUGAUGUAGAGUAUUACCUCUAAACAGCUGUUGUGUUUAAAAAGAAAUGUUAUUGAAAUGAAGUAUUUUAGCAGGUUUACAGAGAAUAGCUCAUUAGUUCUAACGCAGCCUGCAAACAAACCCUUUGUGUUAUGUAUGCCUUUGGUUUAUAUGGAGCAUUGAAACUGAUAUGAAGCAUAAAUGAUGAUCCAGAUGGUUCUUACACAGAACCCAGCUGGAUCUGUGUCUGUCCCUACACACGGCGCCCAGCUGAUGAUUCAGGUUAAACCAGUAAAUCCAGCUCCUUCAAUGUAACAACUGGCCUGAAUUCGUUAUCUGUCUCCAUGGUGACAACUUCCCAGCAACUGCAUGUGGCUGAGCAGGAAUGUCACAUGUGGCCCAGUAAUAUGUAAUAAUGUGUGUCUGCAGUGCUGCAUCAGAACGCUGCAGCCUGAAACAUGGUGGGAGAAAAGCCAUACUUCCCAGUCCUCUCGGGUCCUGAAGAUGUGAGGGAGAUCCACUGAGGUUUGCUCACACAUCUUUGAUACUGUUUUAAAUGAUUCUUUAUAACUCCCAUCUCCAAAUGUUGUAUGAAAAUCUGUGGAACUUGAACACUGGGAAUGAAGCAGAUUAUAAAAACAGACAUAUUUGAGGUCCUGGUGUCCCCUGAGAUGCGUCAAAACGGAGAGAUUUAGUGAGUUUUCUUGUGUUUUCUAUCCUCUCAUCUCUCCAUCCUUGCCUUCCUUUCUGUUGUAUAACCUCUCGCUGCUGCCGCAGUGAAGGAAACCCCUCUCUCCGCUCCUGUACGUCGCUCUGCCGCCUGUCCUUUUAAGGCAUGGGGGAUACCCGCCGUCACAGCCGGAAGCUGCCCAUAUUUGGGCAGCUACGAAGGGGCACGGCGGGGGGAAUCCCUCGCGCCUGAAUCGAACCAAUAAAGACAGGUCUGGAGUUACCUUGGAGACGGAGAGUAUAAAAAGGAGCGGCGAGCGGAGAGAGCUCAGCAUCCUCAGCAUCUCUGCCGGGAAGCAGCCAGAGCUCCUCUAGCGGAUUAACACCUGACUUUUUGGGGGAUUCCAACCUGCUUUCAUAAAAUCUGUAAGAUGCUUCUGGAGCGCGACGACAGCUUCAUGUCUGAGUUUGAGGACGCUUGCAGCGCCUGGGUGGACAGCGUGGGUUCAAACCCCAGUGAUGGAUUAGAUUCUGACGUGGGAUCACCUUUCAGCCAAGUUUUCUCUCCGGGAACGGACGCCUCAGAUUCAGACUUCUUCUCCGACUUUAGUGACUGCUCCUCGGACACCCUUUCUCCCUCGCUUGGCUACACUGGCAGCUUCUUCCCUGAGUCCGAGCCUGCGGCAGCGGGACUAAGCAGCACCGCAGACGCGAUCCUGAACAUGAUUACGGAGAUCGUGGGUAUCUGCACGGAGAUGGAGCAGAAGCAGCAUCAGCAGCCUGUCCCCGACUUAGGCAUCCCGCCUCCAGCUGCAGCGCAGCAGCUGCCUGCAGUCCCUGCUUCAACACCUGUGGUGAUUAAAACUGAGUUUGGGAGCUCCAGCUGCAGCAGCGGGUGUUCUCAGUCCUCCUCGCCCGGGAAUGAUACGCUGUUCCCGCCUGCUGUGGACUCUCUCCUCCCCCUCAUGGCUCUAGAACAACAGAUGGAUGUGGCUGAUUUCAUCGAGUCUCUGUUGAGCUCGGAGGCCGGUCAGGCUGAGCUGCUCGGCUGUGAAGUAAAGCAGGAGCCGCUGGAGCUGGAGGACUGGUUGAAGGGUUUACCGGUUCCAGUAACCGGCGGGGACUCCGGUAACUACGUCAUCAGCAGCACCCCCUCCACCCUGGACGCGCACCUGCUUUCCUCCCUCCUGCAGGGCGCGUUCCCGAUGGUCAACAUCAGCAGCGUGCAUGCGGCUGGAGCGCCCAAGCAGCCGCGCUCAGGGCGCAGAGCGCAUGCGCGGGGCGGCGUGAAGCCCAAGCCGUUCCCGUGCUCUGUGCCGGGCUGCGAGCGCCGCUUCUCGCGCUCCGACGAGCUCAACAGGCACGUGCGCAUCCACACUGGUCAGAAGCCCUUCCAGUGUACCAUCUGCGCGCGCAGCUUCAGCCGCAGCGACCACCUGACCACGCACACGCGCACGCACACCGGGGAGAAGCCCUUCUCCUGCGACGUGUGCGGCAAGAGGUUCGCGCGCAGCGACGAGAGGAAGAGGCACGGGCGCGUGCACGUGAAGCAGCAGCUGCGCGCUCAAAUGAUGGCCGCGUACUCUCUGGCCCUGAACGCGCCUGGCGUGUAAACACUGACCACUUUACUGGAGUUUUCAAGCUUUUCGGAUUUGAACCGACAACCGGAGAGGCAUGUGACGUCAUACCGGUGUACAGGUGCUAAGAGGCGCAUGCGUGUUGCAGUGCCCUGAGGGUUCGGGUGUGGUCCUGGCCCAGCAGCUGAUCAGGCCUUUGAACUGUGACCCUGCCGCCUGUAAAGGAGCAGUCCGUCUACCUGAAGAAAGGUUUCUGAUGUAAAAUAAAACAAAUCUUUCUCUGCAUGAAGCCGUGAAGAGACUCUGUGAAUGUUGACGUCAGAAUGUCGUGCUUCUGUCCUUGAUAUUUUUCUGUAAACAGCUUUAUAUUUGAGGAGUUUCAUGUUUGUAACAUAUCUCUAUUUUUCUAGAUGGCCUGUCUACCUCUCAGUGUCACUGUUUUACAAUCAGAGUGUGUAUAUUUUAGAGAAGAAUCCAGAUGUCACUUUUCUAUGAAAUGACUGCAAACGCUGUGCAGACUCUUAACGAACACAUGUGCAGGUUUAAGCUGCACCAAUGCUUUGUGGGAUAUGUUGUCCUGUGUUCUGUGGUGUGAAAUCUGAACACACCAGCUCAGUCAGAGCUGAGCUCUGAGUAGCACACAUGGCUGUGCAAGUUUACUGUUCCCUCAUUCUGCAUGGAGGAUGUUGUUGCUGUUAAUAAACACACAAAACAACAGA